AGCCUGGACCAUGGGGAGCUCCUUUACAAUACAUAAUAAGACUCCCUAUGCCUUUCACUACUCUAGUGUGGGUAGAGGGGGUGUUCGUACAGUGCACGGCCAUAGCACAGGAAAGUACUUACAUCCAAUACCUCCAUUCAAUUCUGAGGGCCUCCGUUUUAGAUAUGGAGAUCACUCAGAGUGGGACCUCAGGUGUGCAGGUCACAGUGCUCCGUACACCUUAAGAGAAAGCGAUGACGGUGGAAAAAUUGAACUGGUCAAUGGAAGACUGAAUGUCAUUGCUGACUGCUGUGCAAACUUUGGAAGAAUUGAUGACCAGAAACAAGAGUAUGAGAGAUGCCAACAACAGAAGAAACGCAGGAAAAUAGAAGAUGAGACGAGGCGGCAGGCAGCGCUGGACCGGAAGAGGACAAUCCAAGAGCAGAUUGAAAAGGAGAAUAAAAAACUGAGGGAACUGCUUUCUGAAGCACACGACAGGCUUCAGCUGGAGCUAAACCUCAAAGCCCAGGAGCAUUACCACCAGCAGCACUCUCAAGUCCUGCAUGAGCUUGUGGCGGAGGAGCACGGAAUAGCAAGGGAUGAG